AUGUCUACCGAAGAUUUAAUUACCAGAAAAAGCGGAAAUACUUUGUUCAUCACGUUGAACCGACCGACCAAAAAGAAUUCCAUCAAUGAUAACGUGAGUUUUGGUUGAUUCUCAUAUGUUUUAGAAAGCACAGUAAUGUGUAAUACUACAAUAUAUAACAUAUUCAGAUGUACAAACUAAUCCCAAAGAUUCUGCACGAUGCCAACAAUAAUGACGAGGUAGUAUUCACAGUCUUUACAGGUAAUUUGAUUUUCUUAUCUAAUUGCCUUCAGGUAAUGGAGAUUACUUUUCGUCCGGCUCCGAAUUCAACUUAGACUCAGCACACGCCGAGAAGUAAGUACUCAUGUGAAAGUUUAAUAUGUUAUUUAUUCAAACAGAAUGCUCAACUUUGGUUAUCUUUUACAAAGACUUGCUUAAUAGGUACCUUGGACUACGAACUCCCAUAUACGUUGACAUGAUAAGUGAGCUGAUUGAACAUAGGAAGAUCCUCGUAGCAUUCGUCAACGGACCGUGUGUAGGUAUUGGAGUUACGAUGCUGACGCUAUUCGAUUACAUUGUUUGCUCUGACACUGUAAGUUGGACAUUUGUCAUAACUUUGUAUGUCGAAUGUCCAUUGAUAUAACCUUAACACAAGUAUCAUGGUUAUUUCAAAUAAAACUUAAUUUAGGCAACUUUUGUGACUCCGUUUACUAAACUCGGGAUCGUAGCCGAAGGCACGUCGACUUUCAGUUUCCCUGCCUUCAUGGGUCGUAUCAGAGCAAACCGACUUCUACUAUUUUCUGAAAAAAUAGACGCCAAUGAAGCCAUGAAGCUGGGUAUGGUAACCGAAGUCGUUCCACACCAACACUUUAAAGAACAGUGUACUAAAGUGCUAGAAAAGCUGAAAAAGCUGGCUCCAGGAGUAGGUUGAAACAAAGAUACAAUGCAAAUAUUUAUACUAUUUACAGAUACUAUAAAACUUUUUACUUUCCUUUAUUUUAAAAAAAUGCUGACUGCGUACUCGUUUCAGUCGCUGCUUAAGAUAAAAUCCCAGAUAAUGGCAGGCGAUUACCGGAAGCGGCUUCGUAAUGCCCACAAAGACGAAGCCAUAGCCUUGGAACAGAAGUACCGUACCACGGAGAUGUUCGAGUUCAUGGUGGACGCGAUCAAACGCCGGAAGUCCAAGAUGUGA